GUUAUGGAGUGUUGCUGCCAUUCAACAAUUUUAAUAACUACACGUGAUUCGAAACCGUUCCGGUGAUAUGGAUUAUACGUAAAGGAUUUAUAAUAAUUAAUAUUAUUUAUUCAUUUACUUCUUGUAAUUAAUAUAUUUACAUGUUUCUAUACGUAUAUUCAUAUAUGCAUGACAACAGCGAUGCUAUUCAUUAUUGGUGAUAAUGUGAAGGAAUUAGCUACCAUUACGGAUUUCUUUCUUUGUUUACUAUCGAAAAUACCUAUUCAGCAAUUGACAGAUGUCUCAAGUGCAAAAAAAUUGACUCGAAUGGAAACUUGCUCUUCAUUUCACAGGGUGAAAUUAUUGAAUUUCUUCAUAAAUCACUUCGACUUCUCUUUUUUUUGUUUUUUAUUGUCAUUAACUGUAAAUGUAUAUAAACAAUAUUGAUUUUCUGUUUAUCGUGUAUAAAUUCUAUGCAAAACACUUAACAUUACAUGUUGCCGAAAGUUUAUGCGAAACGUAAACAUCGUUGGAAUUUUAUGAGUUUUGACUUUACGUGAAUAUAAAUACAGAUUGAUGUAUAUACAUAUAAACAGCAACAUUGAAUGGAAAAGAACUAAAGCAUGUUAUCUGAUAUAUAACCACAGGAAUCAAAGAAAAACUGAAUAAGUUAUUUCUUCCACCAGUCUUUGGAAAUUAUAAACAAGAAACAUGUUCUAACAAAAAUUUGCUCAAAUACAACUGCUGUAAAAUAUAAAUUGCUUUUGGCAAAGGAUAACACAAAACGUGCAUUCUCUCUAUUUAAUCUUGACUGAAGAUUUGAUCUCUUUUUCAAAUUAGUGCGUAUCACCUGUGAAAUCUCGUUGAAUCUCAUGACAUAAACUUGUUCAUGUCAUCCUUAAAUUAACAAGACUAAUGAACAGAAAGUCGUGGCUCUCUGUCAGAACUAUAAUGACUUUCAUAAUGAUCAACAGUUGCAUAUGUGCGACAACAUCGUUUCCUAUCCCAGCAGUUAACAAGUUCGAUCGUCUGCCACGCAAUAGACAAGCUUCAUCCCAGUACCAAUACCAACAACAGCGAAGACGUUUGCAGAGACAGUUAGCUCAACAACCAGCCGGCUUUUGUUUAGAAACCUGGGACGACACUACAGUACCUUGUGAACAGGACUUAAAUAACAUAUGCGUCAACGAAAACUGGUCUCUUCUGGAUUUUACCAAAGCGAGAAACCAUGCAUCCUUACUACCUCCGUCAUUUAUAAACUCGAUCGAUUCCAAUUUUGCUAAGGACAGCAACAUCGAAGCCAACGUCCAAGAAUAUGUUGAUCUUAGUGCACAAGGUACUCAAUGUAAAGUAACCAAUUAUCAAAACAACCCAAUAUUUUCUUGGGGUCAAUGGAAAAAUAUAUGUUUUCAAAGGUGGAUGACUUUAUUGAGGCGUCGUUUGAGUACGGCUCGACUCGGCGACUUAGUUAUUCCAGGCACUCAUAACAGUGCAUCUUUUUCUGUAUCACCAAAUGGUACUUUGGUGGAAAAACUUUGGAUUUCACGUGUUGCUUUAAGCCUUGGAUUUAGUAAUUAUUUCAGCUCGUGGGCUAGAAACCAUGACGACGGAUUAGGUGCGCAGCUUAAUGCUGGUUACCGAUGUCUUGAUUUACGAAUCGCCUUGCUACCAAAUGGAGGAUUUUACUGGUGGCAUGGCAUAUCUGGAGAGGCCAUUGAGUCUGGCUUAAAAGAAAUUGCUAAUUUUGCGACAGAGAAUCCAGGAGAGAUUAUUAUACUUUUAAUUUCCCACUUAAAUGCACCCGGUAACGGAAUUCAAGAGAAAUUACCAAUGCCAGGUGAGUCCAAGAUCAGACUUGGUAAAUAUUUAUUAUCUAUUUUAGGACCAAAUCUUGUCCCAACUCGGAACAUUUCUUUAAAUCCUACCUUAUCAAGUGUCAUCUCUACGGGACGUAAUAUCAUUGCUCUGAUCCGGGAAGAUCAAGAUUUAGUAAAUGCCUUCCCGGAUUAUUUCUGGAGCGAUGUCAACAACGAAACAGCAGUGGAAAUGUUUGAACGAAGAACUAACCCUCGGAGUAUGUUUACACAUCGUUCUGACAUCAUGCAGAAAUAUAAGAGGAAUUUUCCUGACAGGUUAGCCAUCACACCGGCUUUUGUGACACACAAUGUUCCAAAUGUGUUGGGAGGAAUAUUAAGAAGCAAACGCGUGGCUUGGGCUCUUUCGUUAGUUUUGACAAUUAUGUUCUAUCGAUUAAUCCAAUCGUCGGAAAAUAAGGACUUUACGAAAUUGUUCUGUACCGGAUUAAAAAGGCGAAGUCCCGUAAAAGCUGCCAGAGUCACUGUGAUAUACCUGUUGAUUAUUAUAAUAUCUGUGUAUUUAGGUCAUUUACAACACAGAACUAUACUAAAACUUUUCGGAUUUGAAGGUAAAGCCACAAAUUUGAUAGAAAUGGCACGAAUAGCUAAUCUUUGCGGGGAUGAUCCAAGUAAAGCUAACGGGGAGGUAAUUUAUAAAGGCAUAAAUUCUAUGAUUCGGCACUGGUCGGACAGAGAACAAAAAUAUAGAUUAAACAUCGUCCUGGUUGAUGAUUUUUCAUCCAGCCAAGCGGUGAGGACAGCUAUACAAGAAAACAUUCGGAGAACGGAUAUAGACAGAUAUAACAUGAAAACGAAGUUUAGUUGAAACAGGAGACAUUGCACAAAACCUAGAAUAUAAGCAACGCACAAACACACACGCACACACAUACACACAUACACAUACAUGCACACACACACACAUACACACACAUACACACACACAAGCCACACAUAACCCAACACAUAUACAUGUACAUAUACAAAAGCACUUACAUUUAUAUAUGUAUAUAUGUGCAUAUCUAUCUAUCUAUCUAUCUAUCUAUCUGUCUGUCUGUCUGUCUGUCUGUCUCUCUCUCUCU